GCAGGUGCAGCGCACCACGACCGCUAGCACGGGCCCGGAUGAAGGCGGAGCUAAAGGUGCGGGGCUACGUCACGGAGCGCGUGUGCGUCACGUCGUAUGGGGUGGGGAUUUCGGGCAUGGUUUUCUCCGCAAGCACCGCACGUGUGGAGGCCUUGGAGACAUGGGGACUCCUCCGGGCCUGCAGACCGACUGCGAGGCGCUGCUCAGCCGAUUCCAGGGGACGGACAGCGUACGCUUCGAGGACUUCACGGAGCUCUGGAGGAACAUGAAAUUCGGGACCAUCUUCUGUGGUAAAAUGAGAAAUUUAGAAAAGAACGUCUUUACAAAAGAAGCUUUAGCUUUGGCUUGGCGAUAUUUUUUACCUCCAUACACCUUCCAGAUCAGAGUUGGUGCUUUGUAUCUGCUAUAUGGAUUAUAUAACACCCAACUGUGUCAACCAAAACAAAAGAUCAGAGUUGCUCUGAAGGACUGGGAUGAAGUUUUAAAAUUUCAGCAAGAUUUGAUAGAUGCACAACAUUUUGAUGCAGCUUAUAUCUUUAGGAAGCUACGACUAGACAGAGCAUUUCACUUUACAGCAAUGCCCAAAUUGCUGUCAUAUAGAAUGAAGAAAAAAAUUCAGCGCCCUGAAGUUACAGAAGAAUUUAAGGAUCCAAAUGAUCGUGUAACGAAACUUAUUACUUCUGAUGUACUAGAGGAAAUGCUAAAUGUUCAUGAUCAUUAUCAGAGAAUGAAACAUAUAAUUUCAGCUGAUAAGUCCAAGCCAGACAAAGCGCUCAGCUUGAUAAAGGAUGAUUUUUUUGACAAUAUUAAGAACAUAGUUUUGGAGCAUCAGCAGUGGCACAAAGAUAGACAGAAUCCAUCCUUAAAAUCAAAAAUUAAAGAUGGAGAAGAAAAGAGGGAAGGAAGUUCACAAGAAUCAGAGAGAUGUGAAAGGGCAGAAUCAUUAGCAAAAAUAAAAUCAAAGGCCUUUUCAGUUGUUUUUCAGGCAUCCAAAUCAAGAAGGCAUCGGCAAGUCAAACUUGACUCUUCUGACUCUGAUUCUGCAUCUGGUCAAAGACAAAUCAAAGCAACUAGGAAAAAAAGAAACAAAGAAACAUCAAAAUCAGCAGGAAGGAAGAUGUCUUCCAGAAACAAAGGUAAUGUGCAGAACGUACAUAAGGAAGAUAAAACUUUAAGUCUGAGUAUGCCUGUAAUUACAGAAGAGGAAGAGGAGAAUGAAAAUUUUAGGGAAACAGAGUUCAUUGUACCCAAGAGGAAAAGAAAACACUGAACGAAGAGCCUGGUGUAGUUUUUAAUUUGGGGCUUUCUGACAGAAGGAAAGAUUUAUAUUUUGUGUAUUGGACAAGAAGACUGCCAGUAUUAAAAAUAAUUCUUCUGGGAAACUAGUUAUUUCUUUGAAAUGACAGCACCUUAACAUAAUUCUAGAAUAAAAGUACAAAAAAUUAGAGUGAGAAUUUACUCUUAAAACUUAAUUUUAACAUUUUCUUUUAUGAAAUCUGCAUAAAUAGAGAUGAAGUUUGUAUUUGGAGUGUAAUAGAAAUAAUUGUUAUUUGCAGAUUAUUACUAUUUUCUAUAACUUUUCAUGAUGUAACAGUUCUGGUAACACUAUUCUGUUUUAUUUAAAAUUUUUUUUCUUGAAGUAUUAAUGUUUAUUACAUGUAAAUGACUAUUUUGUAUCUGUAGUCUGGUAGAUUUGUUUAUGAUGUGGAUUUACUAUUUUGUGUAUUGUAUGGUUAAGUCUAAUAAAGUUUUUGCUUUAUUUGCUUUAUUUUUUAAUAUAUGAAACCUCUAUUGCCAAUAACUUAUGUGACUAAUAACUUAGGAAGUUCACAGCUUGUUUUUUACUGCUGCACUGCACUUAAUUAAAUAUUUCUUAGUGCUCGUUUUAAAACUCCCUUUGGUCUAAUAUAUACUUGUAUGUGUGUAUACAUGUAUGUUUGUGUAUGUGUAGAUAUAUGUAUUUAUGUGUUCAUGUUUAUACAUGUAAGAUUAGUCAAUAUAUUAUGUAAGUACAGUACUUGAAUACUGAUUAUUUCUGAUAAAACCUUAGGGGUUAGUAAUGUAAACUUCAGAGUAUGUCUCAGGUACAGAAUAAUUAAUAUGCACAGGAAAAAUUCUAUAGCUUCAUGAAUGUGCCUCUCUGGUAAUUUCUCUUUCCAUACAUUUAAAUAGAGAUUGCUUGAGCCAUGUUUGAACUUGCUGCCAAUAGCAGACUGUCUCCAUGUCAUGUGGUUGGCUCAACCUAUCUUAAUGUUGAUUAUACUUCAUAUAGUUUUCCAGUAUUGUAUUAUUGAGGGAUUUAAAGUAUGGGUUGAACAUUAAACCCAAAUCUGCAAAUGUCCUGUGAGUGAAAAUGUGUGAUGUCUAUAUUUAAUUUUUAAAAAUCAAAAUGCUAGUACUGACUGACCCAUAUAAAACUUUAAUUUAUUUGAAUUCAUGCUGUCACAAUUGCUACUGAAAGCAAAUGUUUCCCUAACUGACUUCAGAUGUCCAUACAUAGGGCAGUUUUCAUAAUAUAGGCAUUGGGUGAAGCUUCUGGGAUUUAAACAUUCUAGGGUUGGGUCACUUAGAGGUGUAAGUUUGUUAUUGGCUAGUUGUAUACCAGGUUAUUUGCUAGAACUUUUCUGAUCAUUAAAGUUUACAAACAUUGUACAGCUAACACAGUGAAUUGCCCUCUAUUUUUCCACAACAGUACUUAUAAAACGCAUGGUACCAUUUUACUUGUACAAUGAAGAAAUGGUACCUCAGGAUAAUUGUCUUGCCCACAUUCACAAAGUUAGUAAGUGAUGCAUCUGGGAUAUAAACACAGGGCUUAGGCCUACAAUUUCAGUAUCUUCUUACAUAAGCCAACAAAAGUGGAAAUCCACAGGGAUACUUUUGACUAUAAGCAGUAAAACCUCACUUCAAAAUUGGUUAAACAAGGACAUUUUAUUUUAUAACAAGUUGAAUCCCAGUGCAGUGUGGCUCUGGUCUGUAUAGUACAUCAGUUCCGUGAUGGCUUCAUAUACCCAGGUUUGGGUAUUUAGGGAAAGCUUUUAUGUCAGUAUAGGGAACUGUUUACCAGCCAAGUUCCAGCUGCUAGCUAAAAGCUAGCCUUGCAAGCAAAUCUUCCUAAGGAUAGCAUUCUCAGGCCUGCUGUGUUAUCUCUAUUCUGCACAGAUUCAUUUCAUUUGUCACUAUUUCCAACGAUAUUUCAAUGAGUUCUGUGUCUAGAUGUUGGUUCAGUUGUAUAUUUCUGUUGGAUGAAUCUGCACACGAAUUUGUUUGGUCAAACUAUGUAAAAUUUUGUUGAUUGUUGCCAAAUAGAUAUUCACACUGUUUGUAAGUGACUUCACAUCCCCAUUAUCAAUCUUUGUAAUUGUCAAUUGAAUACAGCCUGACUCUUAGAACUACAGAUAAAAAUUGUGUUAAGCAGAUGUGAGUUGUUAUAUGAUAAUCUGACAAAGUGAAGGACUUAAGCCGUAGUGAAUUUUUUCAUAAGUAUAUUUUGAAGAUAAGGUAUAAAUUACAUGAUGGAUAUGCUUUAAAUGUGAAUUUGACGCUUACCGAACAGAUUUCAGAUAGAGCAUAUUUGUGUUUAAUAGCGGGUUUUUAUAAUUAAAACAUGAUGUCCAAACACUAGGACCUAUUAAAUUAGGCUAUUUGUAUUUCCAACUUGGUUAUAAUAACAUGACUGCACCAAGUCAUAAAUACCUGAUUUUCAAUAUUAAAUAUUUACUAAAUUAAUGUUUUGUGAGGUGAGAGGGGUUGUGACAGUAUAUAUAUAAAAUAAGCUGUAUUUUAAAACCUUACUACUUUGAUUUCAGAAAUCUCAAUAUACGAAAGUUUUGUUCAAAAUAGAGAAUUAGAAUUAUAGUAGUUUUAAUGUUAUAUACCAGGUUUACUUGGGGCAUCUUAAAAAACAUGAAUAAAAGAAUUGGAAUCAUAAAA